GGAACCGAAAGAGAAAGCGGACUGUGCUUGGAGGACAGCGGGCGGGCGCCGAGAUGAAGCCUUGGUGGGCGACCCUCUUGCUGCUGUGCUGCUGCUGUCUGGGCCGCGGGGUCGCCCGGACCUGGCCGUGGAGCCACCGGCGGGGGGGGGCCGCCCUCCUCUACCUUCUUAAUAGACAUCGAUACUUGAACUCUUUCUCUCAUGAUAACUCCAGUGCCUCUUACGGACUAAAUCAGUUUUCUUAUCUAUCUCCUGAAGAGUUCAAAGCUCUGUAUUUAGGCAGCAAACCUGCCUGGUCUCCCAGAUACCCAGCAGCAGAACAGAAACCCAUCCCCAAUGUGUCUUUGCCAUUGAGAUUUGACUGGAGGGACAAGCAUGUUGUAAAUCAAGUGAGAAACCAGAAAAUGUGUGGAGGAUGCUGGGCAUUUAGUGUGGUGACUGCAAUAGAAUCGGCUUGUGCGAUCCAAGGGAAACCUCUGGACUACCUCAGCGUGCAGCAGGUCAUCGACUGCUCCUUUAAUAAUUAUGGCUGCAGCGGUGGCUCUCCUCUCAGUGCCUUGAGCUGGCUAAACAAGACACAGGUGAAGUUGAUGGAAGAUUCAGAGUACCCAUUCAAGGCAGAAAAUGGCCUGUGUCGCUACUUUCCCCAAUCACAAUCCGGAGUUUCAAUCAAAGAUUUUUCUGCAUAUGACUUCAGUGGCCAGGAGGAUGAAAUGGCAAAAGCACUUCUGAACUUCGGCCCUUUGGUAGUGAUAGUUGAUGCAGUGAGCUGGCAGGAUUACCUAGGGGGUAUAAUUCAGCAUCACUGCUCCAGUGGGGAGGCAAACCAUGCGGUUCUCAUCACGGGAUUUGAUAAAACAGGAAAUACUCCAUAUUGGAUGGUGCACAACUCCUGGGGAAACUCCUGGGGAAUAGAUGGCUAUGCACAUGUGAAAAUGGGAGGUAAUGUUUGUGGCAUUGCAGACUCUGUCUCUGUUGUCUUUGUGUGAUCACGUGAUGGAGUCAUCAUGAGACAACUAUAAAAACGAAGCUCUUCAUAGUAAGAUCUAAUAUAAUACUUAAGUCUGAGCAUUAUUCACUGUCAAGUUUCAACAACUGCCUACAGGAGGUUCUAAGAGCAAGCUAGCAUUUUUUAAACAAUGGUAGGUCAUCUCAUUCUUGCAGAAAGAUGGACAAAGUUCAUAGGAAUCACACAACCCCACCCUGCCACCUCCAUCACAUGGGCCUGCAAGGAAAUCUGGAACAGUGUGGAAUUCUAAGAGCUUGGUGGGAUCAGAAGUCACAUCAAGCCCUCCAUCUGGAAGCAGUUGGGAUUUUUGCUUCCUUUUUGUCUUUCUGGCUGUUUAUUGCAUUGAAAUACUUGGGUUGGAUCAAAGAAGGCAUCAGAAUUUGUUUUCAUUUGUUAUUUAUAGUCACCAGCCAUAGAUGACCUCAUCUACUAGAACUCUCAAUCUAAGGCAGUGUGUAUCUUACAAUCACAGCAGCCUUCUGAGAGGGCUUGCCAUGCAUAUGGAUUUGAAAUAUCAAUUGUUUUUCUUCAGCAAAUGACCUUACCCUAUACAUUAGAACAAUUAUGAAUAAAGAAGAAAUGUGAAAGUCCCUUCUUCAGAGAGACAACCCAACUGAAUUAAAUGAAGCACAUGGCAGCUAUGUGAUAGGAAGUAACCUAUGCUGCUUCCUGUGAGGAAGAAUUUCUAGAAGGCUUCACUGUCGAGGAUCCAAUACAUUUAGCUUCUUGCCUUCUUCUCUCUGUAGUAGAGAACAAAGUAUUUUCCACAUUUUCUACCUCUCUUGUUCUUCACUGAAGAAAUCCCAUGUGUUGCUGGUGGUUUACCUUCCAGUCCAAAAGAACUCAGUCCCAUUAUUGGCAUUCCAUUUCUAUUCCCCAAUCACUUAUUUAAAAAAUUCUCUGACAUCUGGUAGGCCCACUCACUUUGCUCUUUGUUCAUGUCCUUCACUACAAUACCAGAAUCAAGAACAAAACUUGUUCUUCUUCCUGUUCCAGGGAGAGGCAAUCUCAAAAGAAUUUGCAGAGACUGGAGUAUGAAAAACUAGGAGAAGACAGUUCUUAGUAUUCCCAGUGCUUAGGAUAGAGCAGUCUAAUUAUUCAAGGAGUCCAGAGAGGAAUUAAGUUCAGCUAUGGUUUUUGUUACUGACUUUCAAUAUGUUAUCAGUGUUUUCUGGUAUCCGGUUUCAAAUACAAAGGAAGUUUUAAAUUUUCAUGAUUGUUACCCUGAAAGUAUUCUGGAUUUUUAUAACAUUUAUAAUAAAAAACAAAGAACUUA